AUGAGUAGCAGCAGCGAUACGAAUGUACAACAUUCCACUGAAGAUUUGAAGAAAAAAUUAUCGCGACAGAAUGAAUCAGCUGUUGGUAUUGAAACUGGACGUGAAACGCUGAUUGAAAUUGAUAAAGAUGGAAAAGGUUUGGGAUUGAGUAUUGUUGGUGGUUCUGAUACGGUAUUGGGCACAGUGGUAAUUCAUGAAGUAUAUCCGGAUGGUGCUGCAGCAAUUGAUGGACGAUUGAAACCCGGUGAUCAAGUUCUUGAGGUAAAUGGUAUAUCGUUACGUGGCGUUAGUCAUGAACAAGCUAUUUUACUGCUUAGAAGGACACCAGCUAAAGUUUCUUUACUGGUAUAUCGUGAUGUGAACCUGCAACUAUCACUUUUGGAUCCAACACAAAUUUACAAUAUUUUCGAAAUGGAACUUACCAAGAAGCCAGGACGAGGACUUGGACUGAGUAUAGUGGGCAGAAAAAAUGAGCCUGGUGUUUAUGUUUCAGAAGUGGUCAAAGGUGGUGCUGCUGAAGCUGAUGGCCGUCUAAUUCAAGGCGAUCAGAUACUAGCCGUUAAUGGCCAAGAUGUGGCAAGUUCAAUGCAAGAAGAUGUAGCAGCUAAAUUAAAAGCAUGUACUGGCCGUGUCACCCUAAAAGUUGGCCGUUGGAAAUUGACCGAAGCAGCUAAUAAAGUGCAUGCAGCAGCAGAAGCUGCCUUAUCUAAUAGUGAACGACAUUCUGAUGAUCUCACACAACAAUCGAAAUUAACUAAAAUAACACCUGAAAUUAAAUUAUUUGCACCAAAUAAUGAAAUUAGUUCGAUUUCGUUAACAUCAAAUGAUCGGAAAACAACACUUCUAUCAACAUUGACAACCAUUUCAAAAUCUCAAACAUCCACAAAUGAGGAAAAUCAAUCAUCACAAAUUAUAUAUGGAGAUCUGUCACCGGUAACGGAAGAAUCGAGUAGUGGAGCGGAUCAGAAAUCAUCCAUUGCUGAUGAGGAAAGUUCAUCAGUGAUCAGUUCGGGUCAGAAUAAGGAAAUUGAACUUAUCAAAGAUUUGAAUGAGGAAAAUAGCGAUUCAUUGCUCGUUGUGCUCAAGAAAAUUCCGGAUCAGCAAUUGGGUAUGGGAAUCGGUAAACGCACACGUGGUAUUUUGGUCACUUCACUACAACCCGGCAGUGUAGCAGCUGAAAAAUUGAAAGUUGGCGACCGUUUAAUGGCAGUUAACGGAGUGGAAGUGACUGAUCAGCUCUCAGCAGUAGCAUUAGUGAAAGCAAGUGGUAGGAAAUUGUGGCUACAAAUAUCGCGGCCAAGGAUUAAUCAAAAUUCAUGA